CUUUGUGAUAUUUUGAUCUCGCGAGAUUUGACUACUAGAAAAAUAAAAAGCAUUUCCUGGUCGGAAUAAGUUUUUACCUUCGGACAAGAUUUCAGACGUACACUCCGUUCUCAGAGGAGUAAAGGUUCAUGAGAUAAUGGAGGAAUCAGCAAUGUCAUCAGCAAGCUCCUCCAUUGGGGAUGCCGUGUCAGGUAGAGGAGAGGCUGGCUAUGAUGAUGAGGAAGAUCUUUUCUACAUCCCUGAAGCAAGACCCCCUCUGGACACGAGCCAGUGCCAUUUUGUGGAUCCAGCUUUGUCUCCAGCUCAGAGCUACCAGACCAUGUCCAGUGAAGGAAGUGCAUAUGUAAUGGAAGAUGGUGUAGAUGAAUCCUCCACAAGGGUUGAGCUGCAGCGAGCAGACUCGUUCUCCAGCAGCUACUCAUUUGACAGCGACGACUGUGAAAAGAAAACUCUCAAAGUUCAUGAAAAAGAAGGUAACCCGGAGUCUCUCGAAAACCUGGAAUUAAUCCAAGAUCCAGCUGAGAUCAGGCAUCCAUGUUUAACAGUGAAAUUUACUUUCCAGACUUUGAGUGAAACACUGAAGAUGCUGUCAGAGGAGGAAUUAAGGACUUUUAAGUGGACGCUGUGGACUUAUUACCAGCAAAUAUUCAGCUCCUCUCAAAACAUGGACAUCGUGGAUAUUGUGGAUCGACUGCUUGAACGUUUUAGCCAUGAAGAAUCAGUGCAGAUCACCAAAACCCUUCUGUACAAGAUGGGCAAACAAAAGGAGGUGGAGUACAUCACAAACAUGUGCAUCAGAAAUCAAGUACGUUAUGAUUUAUGUAACACCCUGAGGAAGAAAUAUGGUGCAUUAGGUGGUGAUUUGGACAUGGAGGAAGAGAAAAGGCCCAUAGAUGACCUAUACGUUGAUCUUAACGUCCUGUCGAAUACUAAUAAUGGCCCGAACAUCGAACACGAGGUUCUGACCAUACCUAAACCACACACCAAGCAGAAACAAGGGGUCAAGCUUUCUGUAGCGGAUAUCUUGUCCCUGAAGAUGCAGGAGGAAUUCCGCACUACACUGUUAUUGGUCGCUGGAGUGGCAGGAUCAGGGAAGUCUGUGUUAAUCAGAAAGCUGGUUCGUGAUUGGGUCGAGGAACGAGCCCCCACGGAAUUAGCCUUCGUGUUUCCUUUGGCGUUUAGAGAACUCCGACAGUUUGAGGGGGAGGACGUCUCCCUAGUGAAAAUAAUACACACGCUCUACCCAGAGACGACGAGAUUGAACAAGGAGGAUUUUAGCUCUUACGACUGCAGGAUGUUAUUUAUCUUUGAUGGGUUAGAUGAGUACAACGAGCCUCUUGACUUUUCAAACACGAUGCUGAUCUCCGAUCCUCACGAUUCUGGCAGUCUGAACGUCGUCAUAGUUAACCUCCUCAGAGGACGGCUACUCUAUAACUCCGUGGGCAUGUUCACCUCCCGAAAACACAUCGAUGCCGUUAUCCCCUGGGAUACGCACUAUAAUGAACUAGAAGUGUUGGGCUUCUGUGACCCCCAAAAGGACGAGUUCUUUAGGAAGAGGUUUAAAGACCCAAGUCGGGUAGAUCGAGUUAUCGAGUACGUCAAGUCUGUGAAGACCUUGCAUAUCAUGUGCCACCUGCCUCUGUUCUGCUCGUUGGUGGCUGAUGAAUGCCAACGCGUUUUCAGGGAGCAGGGAUCCCAGGCAGCCCUGCCCAGGAGCAUCACCUACGUUUACACAAAGCUGCUGCUGGAGCUUGUUCAUCAUCGUAGAAAAUUCAGAGCUCCGGAUCUCGAUCCUGACAAAGAGCAAGAGUUUCUUCUAAAACUUGGAAAACUGGCCCUAAAUUGGCUGGAACACAGAACGUUCCAAAUUCACAAGCUGGACUGGCCAGAAAUCAGCGAUAAGGAGGCAAUAAUGAACAGCGGCCUUUGCAUGGAGUACGUGGUGACGCCAUACGUUCUGUGUAAUGAGGACACGGUCAGUUUUCUCCACCCGACCAUUCAGGAGUACCUAGCUGCUCUUUACGCCUUUCUCUCCUUCAGAAACCAGGAGAAGAACGUCUUUGAACACCUUAAAGCCAAAGCCCUGAGGAUGUUCAAAGGACACAAAAUCAUGGAGCUGUACAAGGCUGCUGUGGAGAAGAGUCUGCAGUACGACGGCGGCAACAUGAACAUUUUUCUGCGUUUCCUGUGUGGAAUGGCCCUUGAAAAGAACCAAGAGCUCCUUCGAAUCUUCUGCAAGUCUUCAGCAAAAGUGGAGAACCUAAAGGAUGAUGUUGCUUCUCUAAUCAGAAAGAAGAUCAAAGAAAAUCCAUCUUCCAACAGGACUGGAAACUUGCACCAGUGCUUGGAGGAGUUGGGUGUCUGAGACUUUGACUCGGCAUGAGACAUUUUAACACAUCAGUGUGCAGGAACAUAAACGGGUAAAGCAGAGGACUUCCGAUUGUGCUGUAUGACGGAGAAGACUGAGCUAACACUAGAGAUCACAUUUCAUAUGAAUGAAAAUACUAAUGAGGUGGGCAGAAAAGCAGAAAGUGCAGCGUUUAUAGAUGCACAUUGACAUGCUGUAGCUUUGGUUGGUUGCACGGAAGUGCAAAAAUAUUUGUUCUGCUUGAAAUGAAUAGCUUCAUUAUUUUGUUUUUAGGAUUAGGAUAAUCCAGUGUUCAACCACAAAUUAAGACUAAAUAUAAAAUGAAGCACCUCUGGCAAAAUGCUGAUAAUUAAGGUCUCAUGUUUUCACCCUUUUACCAGGUGGAAGCAACAUGCAAACCUUUGUAGCCAAAUACAGAGAUUAAAUCUUCAAUG